CUCCACUAACAGCACGGAUGCAUAUGAGCCAUAUGAUACAUUGACGGUAGUUGCAGCAACAAGAUGUUUUAUAUUCAUUCAUUAACUAGCAUGACUUAACAUCUGGCGCGUUGCCUUCCGGUUGAACUUGUCAAAAUGGAGGAAGAGGAGCUGCUCCGCUCUUUAAUGUUCCUCAUGACCUACAUGCUGAUGAAGCGCAGGAGAGACAUCAACAACGCAAACGUGCAGAGGCGCAAUGAGAUCCAAAGACGCAUCAGACAUCGGCAGUACUUCUUCCAGAGGCAGAGGAGGAUGCUCAUGAUGAUGAUAGCAGGAGGCAUCCGCUCCAAUGUCCGCAUCCGCACACGCCCCUGGACCACCACUCCGAGCACUGACUGGUGGGAGCGGGUGGUGAUGACAGAAUUCCAGCCAUCUGAUUGGCUGGAUAAGUUCCGGAUGAGCCGGGAGACGUUCUUCUACCUCUGUGAUAAGCUGAGGCCCCGUCUGGCUCGGCAGGACACCAGCUUCCGUCUGGCGCUGCCGGUGGAGAAACGUGUAGCGGUGGCUCUGUGGCGUCUGGCGUCCAACAUUGAAUACCGCACCAUAAGCACCCUGUUUGGCGUGGGCAAGUCCACCGUGUGCAGGUGUGUUAGAGACAUGUGUCACGCCAUCGUGGCGCUCCUCAGCUCCAUCUACCUGCGGCCCCCCAGUGAGCAGGAGCUGGAGGAUUCAGCCCAGCUCUUCCUGUCCCAUUGGGGCUUCCCUCACUGCGUCGCUGCCAUAGCAACACUCCACACGGCUAUCAUCACCCCAUCGAACAACGCGUCUGACUAUGCCAACCCUGCUGGCUGGCUCUCAGUGCUGUCUCAGGUGGCUGUUAGUGGCCGGGGGCAAUUCUGGGAUGUAUGUGCCAGUUUCCCGGGUGGGACGGACCCAGCUGACAUUUUACAGAACUCAUCGCUGUGGGCCACGGCUGCAGAGGGUGGACUGUCGCCUGAACCACCACCUAUCUUCAUGGGGAAACCACUCAGAUAUGUGCUGCUGGGGGAGGCCUGCUACCCUCUCCAGAGCUGGCUAAUGAAGGUCUACCCUGAGGAAAAGGGCAGGAGAGCAAGCCACGCAGCACUGACAGAGCCACAGCGGCUCUUUAACCGGCAGCUGACCAGAGCGCUGCGUGUCCCUGAGGAGGCGCUGCUGAGGCUGAGGGCGCGCUGGCAGUGCCUGAGCAAGAGGAACGACUGUGGACUGGACGUGGUGCCCACCAUGAUUCUAGCUUGCUGCAUUCUGCACAACAUGUGCGAGUCCCACGGAGAUGCCUUCAAGGCAGAGUGGCAGGUGGAGGUGGCCGAGUCAGAGAGCCCUCAGCCCGACCACAAGCAGCUCCUCUCAACCACUAUGGACCAAAGUCAUGCUGAGGAGGUCCGACACCUCUUCUGUGACUAUUUUGAAGAGCAGAACAAUUAAAAAAAGCUUCCUACACAUAAAGACUAAUGUUACUGAAAUCCUUACAGUUACAGAAUACUUUUAAUGGAACCUAAAUGCAGAUGGACAAGGUAAAGCUUAGACUGAUUUAAAAUAAGCUAAAUCUGCCAAUGUAGACCUCAGCCUGUGAAACCAAGUCUGAGAUGUUCAAAAAUCAAAAAUAAUAAUGGGAAUAAUGGAGAAAAAACACUUUUGAUUCAGACAGGAAUGUGUGUUUACUUUGGUGCCACCAUGUGGCUAAUCUUAACAUGUGCCCCACUAAAGCAAUAAAGUACCCCCCCAUUUUCCCAUCUAACAAACAGUUGUUUUCUGUUACGUAAUAAGCAUCACAGCCUGAAUGGGUUGCUGAGGCUAUACUACUUUUUCUAUCUAUCAUGACCAUUGACAGUAUAUAUAAUCAUCAUGACACUGUGCUAAUUUAUUCAGUUGUGUACACUUUUAUGUAAUGCAUCAUUCCAUAAAGAUUCCAGUUUUGUUUACCGUAAGUUUGCUGUAUAUAUUGGUUUCAUCUUAUCUUUGAUGUUGUCUCAUUACCUAUUUUGUAAACUUGUAACCAGUGUGUAACAUUUGUUAUAAAGUUGAGGAAAAUAUAAAAAAAUAUUUUGCUACUGGAAACCAAUAUUGCACAUUACAUGGGUCUGAAAGUAUUAAAAGAGUUAGUUAUAGGUGAUUAAAAUGAGAUAGAUAGCUCAGGGAGGCUGGAAAUCUGUCCUUAGAGAAAUGCAGUCUAUAUUAUGAUGUUGUGGUUUAACAUUAAUUUGAAUGGCCAGGAUAAUUUAUAGCCUAUUUAAUAGUUAUUAACAUUUUUUUGUGUGGAUAAAAACAAGGCUCUUUCCUGUCACCAAUACCAGUACACAUGUAUAACCCCAGUAAAAAAUAAAUAAAAAUAGGAAACCUCAUUAUAAGUUUCAACAUUUUAAUAAAGUCAUGGUUUUCAUUA